AUGUCGGUACCUGCCGAAGAGCAUUCUGCGAAAUCAACAACUCCUGACAAGAUUCUUCUUCCUGCGACGGCCACGGUGUCCUCCAGCCCUGAAUAUGCCCAACGCCUAAUUGCACAUGUGGCUCGCAGCUUUUUGACGAGUCCAAUCUUGAUCGGCCUGAUCACCGAGGUAGAUGACAUCAAGCAGCCUCCCUUCACUCCUUUCACCUUCGAACGACGCGUGAAGCACUUCGAAAGUGGCAGCAUUAUAUCUUCAGCUAGGAACGGCGCUUUGAUUGCCGAGGCAGACAACUGGACAGCGGCUUCGUUAUGGCAGCCACCUGGGUUUACUGGUGGCAUGGAUGCUCCACGUUAUCACAAUCCACUACCUCUGCUCAAGGAGUUCAUAACAAAAGCGGCCGCUGUGCGGGCAAAAUAUCUGGAUCCUGAAUUCCGCGAGAGAUACUGGCAUCUCAGCUAUUUAGCUCGCGAUCCAUCAAAGAUAAGUAAAGGAGCUGUGUCGGCUGUAAUGCGACCUUUUCUACAACGGGCUGAAGAGGAUGGAGUUCCAGCAUGGUUGAUAUCAGUGGAUCUGCAUGCAGUACAAGUAUACGAGCACUACGGUUUUAGGGUGUGCGAGAAAAUCAUUAUAGGUCAAGGCGUCGCUCGGCCUGAUGGAUGGCCAGAAGAGGGCGGAGAGGGUUUUGCUCUCUGGGCAAUGGUCUUCGAUCAACAUCUUGGGCGAUGA